AUAUUAUGAAUAAUUAUCCACCAGUGUAAAUUUAUCUGGUGAUUUACAUCGUUCUCUAUAAUGUAUUUUAUGGUUUGAAUUGAACGAAUGAAUAAAUAAAUAUUAUUACAAAAGUGUAUUUAUUCUUGUUUCUUCCAGCUGUAAUACGGUGAAGUUUACAAUGCUGUUCAUCAUUGCAAUAUUCUUUUUGGUGACUUUCUGCCUUGUAAUCUGGCUUCACUUCCCGACGAUCAUUACCGAUGUCCAUUUCAUCUUAGCUCAGCUUCGCAGACAACGGAUCCUCGCAAAGUACUCGAAAAUGCCGAUACCGUACACAAUAGCUGAUAAAUUUGAAGAACAUGCCACGAAAUCUCCCGCUAAAACCAUGCUCAUAUUUGAAGGAAAGUCGUACACGUAUGACGACAUUAACAGAAGAGCUAACAGAAUUGCUAAAAUGGCUCAACAGAUGGGAUUGAAACGAGGGGAUAAGGUGGCGUUUUUCAUCGGGAACGAACCUGCAUUCAUUUGGACAUUACUUGGUUUCUGCAAACUCGGUGUGACAUGUGCUCUCUUGAAUGUUAACCUGCGAUCUAAAUCAUUAUUACAUUGCUUGCAGAUUAGUGAAGCCAAUACUCUCGUUACAGUAGCAGGUAAAUCAACAGAGCAAGCCCUGGAUGAGGUUAUGUCAGACUUAAAAGAGAGGCAAACUUCGGUGUGGUACCUAGACCCAGAAUUCCCUGUUCCAGAGGAACGUUCAGAGGAUGACCUUAACCCAACCCGUGACGUCAGAGAUGGCCUCAACAUUCGAGACUCUCUAGCAUAUAUCUACACCUCUGGAACAACGGGAUUACCGAAGGCAUCCCGCCUGUCUCAUUACAAGAUGUUAGCAGGUGGAUUCAUGCUUGAAACCUUCAAAAUGAACAAUGAUGAUGUCAUGUAUCUUACCUUACCCCUCUACCAUGUAUCGGCAUUGUUUAUUGGUCUGAGUAACAUCAUAAACGCAGGGGCAACCUGUGUACUGCGACGCAAAUUCUCUGCAUCUAAUUUUUGGAGUGAUUGCCGUAAAAAUGACGUCACAAUGUUCAUGUACAUUGGCGAGCUCUUCCGUUAUCUAGUUGCGCAACCAAAGAAUGAUCUGGAUGCUGUCAAUAAGGUUCGCUUGGCCAUCGGGAAUGGGUUAGGAGCGGACAUCUGGGAAGAGAUCUGCAAUCGUUUCCGAAUUGAACGAAUCGUUGAACUAUAUGGAGCAACCGAGGCUAACUUUGGACUUAUGAACUUGGACAACACUGUCGGGUCAGUCGGAAGAUGGCCCCCAAUAUUGCAGGCGGUGUGCAAGAUCGAGUUAAUCCAAUAUGAUCAUGAAACAUCACAACCAAUCCGAGAUGACAAGGGAAGGUGUAUCCCAGUUGGACCAGGUGAAACUGGUCUUCUGGUUUGCCCUGUCAAUCGAAUAUUCCCUCUUGAUGGGUAUGUUGGUUGCAAGUCACUCAUGGAGAAGAAACUCAUUCGAGAUGUCAGGAAAGAAGGUGAUGUCUUCUUCAACACUGGUGAUCUACUGAUUCGGGAUAAAAACUACAAUCUCUACUUCAAAGAUCGUAUUGGAGAUACAUUUAGAUGGAAAGGAGAGAAUGUUGCUACUACUGAAGUUUCCCAAACUCUGAAUGAACUACCAGAGAUAAUGGAAUCCAGCGUGUAUGGAGUCAAUGUACCAGGUCACUACGGGAAAGCAGGUAUGGCUGCCUUAUCACUCAACCCCGGAUCAGACUUUAGUCCAGCUGUUACAUACAAACAUGUCACCUCUCUCCUGCCAAACUAUGCAUGCCCACGAUUCAUUCGUAUCAUGGAACAACUGGAACACACUGCUACUUUUAAGCAAAAGAAAACUGGACUCGUUCAGGAUGGUUUUGACCCUACAGUGGUGUCUGGACCUAUUUUUGUCUUUGAUCAAACUCAAGACACAUAUGUUUUGUUGGAUAAGGAGGUACAUGAAAACAUUCUGAAUGGCAAUAUGAGAUUAUAAAUAUAAUAAAGACAUCAUUCUUUUCACCCUGGUCACAUUCAGCUCACAUUUGUUACUGCAAUGCAGGGUAUCAAUGGUGAGCAUAUAUUAUAAGAUUGUACAAUUAGAAUGUUGAGUUCUGGACAGGAAGCUUAAGAAUAGUUAUGGCUCAAGGCAAGCAGAGGUUCUUUAAAGCGGGUGUGGUACUCUGGCUAACCUAAACAAAAAGGCAAUCAGAGAGUGCAUCACUUUUUAUCAGGAAGUAUUCGGAAAUAUGACACGUCCAUGGACAAAACAUUUGGGAGAAGUAUAUGAAUGCUCCAAGGCCAGAAUGAACAUUGUCAAUUAGUCAUGCUAUUGGAUGAUGCUGCAAAUCAAACAUUACGAUUGCUAUGUAUAAUUGCAUUCAAGAGCUGCAAAAAAGGCUGCCUGUAUUAUCUGUAAUGUUAUUUUUCUUACCUAAACAGACCAAAUAAAUGUAAUAUAUUGACUGUGCAAAUCCACCAUGACUGUAUUUUUCAACAAGCAAUAUUUUUGUUCUUGCAAUCAGUAGUAGAAUGAUAUAACUAUUAUUUAGAGACCAUUUGUGAUAUUUAUAAACCAGUUUGGUGUUAUUUGUAGGCAAAUAUUUAUGUACAUGUGCAUGCAAAAUAUUAGAUUAGAAUAAUCAUUAUGAGAUCGUCUGCAGGCCUGACCAUCUGUGAUAUUUAUUUGAUUAACCAGUACUGAAUUCUGUAUAUAAGCAUAUAUUAUCAUUUUAAUCAGCUCAGUUUAAUAGUCAUAAUUAUUUCCAUUUGUUUUCUUAGUAUACUUACGUUGGAUGUAAGAUAUAUUCAAGCUGAAUUUAUAAUGGAUGUUCAGAAUUCAUUAAUACCUCUGCAAAAAUUCAAGCUCAUUGAAAAUAGAGUACAAAGAGGAAUGUGUCUGAAUAAUUCAAAAUGUAUCUAUUUGUAUUUUAUAUAUGUGAUGUGCAACAUUUACCCAUCAAUAAAUCAGGGUGUACAUAUGCUUAAAAUAGAAUUAUAAACUAUUGUUUAGUUUCUUAAGUAUAUUUUUUUAGUAUAACUAUCAAAUACAAUUUACAUAACUUAACAAUGCGAGUGACUGACCUCUAAACAUUACGGGAAGAUGAAAUUUCAAAUGUAUGAGAAUGUAUGUUAUCUUGCUUACUUGGGAGAUAGAUAUAUUUAUAUAUAUUUUGGGGGCAUUUAAAAAUAAAUUGUCUUGAAUCUAUGUGUAUGAAAAAUUUGCAAUAAAAUGUCGGCUUAGGCAGAGCAAUAUGAUAUUGCAAUGUAUUUGCCAAGUGGCUGCAAUAUCUAUAAAUAGAACAACAAUGUCAAACAUUUUUAUAGUUGCGACAUUUUUUCUAGCUCAUUUAUUUACUUUUAUCACUGAUAAGAGGCUCAAUUGCGUAUUUGAAUACAAAUUCAUAUAUUUACUGUCAUGUGAUAUAGCUUGUAUUUUUAUCAUCUGUGAUGAAAUAGAUAAAAUUUAUAUGAAGAAAAAAAAUCAAUGUCAGGUGUCACUUGUACAGAGUACUCAGAGAGUAGCAAUACAAAAGGGCUAUUCCAUUAAAUAGUCAACCUUUUAGUACGUUUGAUCCCCAUUUUUCUAAAUUCUUACUUCGCUUAAAAAACUGACCAAGUCAUGGUCUUUUGAGAACAUUACAGACUGCCAAACGAACAAAAAAUCAGAGAA